UUGAAGCAGCAUUUGUAAGCGCUCUACCACAUCAUUUAACUAUCGUACGCUUGGGAUUUUAGUAAUAUUGAAUGUUUAUCGAAACUUUGCAACAUAUUUUGGAAACUCUCGACCGGUCCAGUGAUGUCUCGAGUCGUGAAGAAAUCCCCAUCUGUGUGUGUUGAUCUGCCACUUUCCAACCCUGAUAUCUGCAACAAGCUCCGUCUAAUGAAGCAACUCCUGAGCUCCUGUUACGGCCCGAGAGCCAGACUCAAACAGGUCCAUAACAACAUCGGGGGACACGUGAUAACCACCUCGACCUCCUCAGUUCUCCUCCCAGCCAUUUAUUCCUCUCAAGCCUUCAUCAAUAUGAUCAAAACCUCCAUCCUCAACCACGUAUCCCGCUUCAGCGACUGUGGUUUGUUUGCUGCCGUGUUUUCUCUGUCUCUCCUGGAGCACGUAAGGAAGUCUGGACUGGGAUUGAACGCUGCCAUCAGAGUAAACCAGCACCUGCUGGGUCUGUGCACCAAUUACUUGCAACGGGAUGACUGUGCCUGUAAGGUGAAGAUAGAUUUCUGCAGCAGCCAGAACAUGAUCACAUUAGCCCAUAGUGUGGUUUCCAGUAAACCAGCAUGUGUGCUCACAGAAUCAGAAAAGAUGCACAUCAGUAAUUUGUCUGUGCAGGCUUUCUUGCUGACUAUUCCCUGCAGCAACCCGGGCACAGUCAGCCUGGGCAAAGUAGUGACUGUCACCCUCGAGGGCCACUCAGUGCUCAGUUCUGCAGUGUUUCCAGGGUUACUUGUGGACGCACCUGAAGGUUUUUGCCCCAUAAAGGUAGAUAGUCAAAUGAAAAUGGUGCUUUUCAGUGCAUCUCUGGCUGGUGACCUGUCUGAACUUGGGGACGGUGUGAUUGAGAUGCCCCCUGGUGUGGACACUGACACACAGAUCCUCCAGCAGCUCCUGGAGCUUGGUAACCAGGUGGUUAAAGAUGAGGUGCAGUUAUUUGUGUGUCAAAAGGUUAUCCAUCCAGUCCUGCAGCAAUACCUGAGAGGCCAUGGUGUCACUGUGCUGGAGAGAGUUGGUAUUACUCUUAUGGAGCCACUCAGGGAGUUGACAGGUGCUCAUCCUGUUGGUACGUUACAUACCUCGAUCCCACCCACGGCCUACGGGAAGGUAAAGGAUCUCAGUAUCAGGCGGUUUGGAUCCAAGACGAUGCUGCAUUUACACCCUCUUGGGGAGUCAUCUAUCUGUACCAUGAUCCUCUGCCACAGGAAUGAAACAAUGUUAAAUGAGCUAAAGGUGGUGUGCCAGAAAACCGAGCAUGUACUGAGGUUCACCCUAAGGGAACCAUCUGCUUUACUUGGAGGAGGCUGUACUGAGACCCAGUUGGCUGCUUACGUCCGACACAAGAGCAAGCAGGAAGUAUCGGAGACAGCACCAGUAUUAGGAUGUUCACAGACCGAGUACCUUCUCGGCGUGGAGGCAUUCUGCCGCUCACUGGAGUCUGUGGCCGGAUCACUGGAGCACGACGGUGGAACGUCUGUAGUCGAUCUGACUCACGCUCAUCACUGGACUAUCCCUUCAGAUGCCAUGACACAACAUAUGGAGCACAGCAUGGGCUUCUGUGGUUGUGGACUGGUGGAUAGUUGCCCAAGUAAUAAAUGGACAUAUUUAAACACUGAAUACACAGACUUCUGCCCUGCACCCCUGCUGAGAGACACACUUGUGCAACCGAGUGUGUUGGACUCCUUCACAGCUAAAGUCAAUGCAUUACAUGUUGCCGUAGAAACUACUAAUCUUGCACUGGAUGUGAGAUGUGUAAUUCAAGAUGUAAACUAAGUAUAUGUGUAUUUUAUCCCUUGCUAUGUUCGGGUUUGUCAUAGUUAAAAUGAGGUUUGUUGCCAUUUUGGAUCUUUAAAAAAAAUAUAUUUUUUUUUAAUUAAAAAUCAACGUUAAAUGAAGGAAUGAAGACAUAAUCAGGGUGCAUACAAGCCGGUACUCGAGGGCUAGUCUACUGCAUGUUUUAGAUGUUUCCCUGUCUUCAACACACCUGAUUCUAAUCACUGGUCGUCAUCAACAUGUCAUCAAGGUUUACACAACUCUGUUGGUGACAGCCUUGUCUAUCAGGGUUGUGUUGAGGCAGGGAAACAUCUAAAACGUGCAGUAGACAGGCCCUCGAGUCCCGGCUUGUGUGCACCCCUGCAUAUAAUCUUAAAUAAAUGCACAAACUAGAUAAUCUACUACAGCACAGCUUUAUUCUGUUUACUGAUAUGGUUUAAACAUUUUACAUAAUAAAAACAGAGUACAAAUAUCUUUAUUUUUGUUGCACCAAAACA